UUAACCUUACAACAAAUGUAGUUUGACAUUGUUUGCAACUGCGCUUUGGGUGCUUUGUUGAAACUUCUCGAUUCAAUUGGGAAUGAAUAUUAUUCUUUAUGUAAUUUCCUGCUAAUUGAAAUCGCGACAAGAUCUCGGUCGCAGAAAAUAUUUUGUUUUUGACGACAGAUAACAAUAGCCGCACAAAAAGUUAAUUACUCAGUAUUUAAGUGUGAAAGAGAGAGAUAAGAUUUCAACAACUGUACGAUAAAUCGAAUGGUAUUUGUGGCACGAACAGAAAAAGAAGUGUGUGCGUUUUAUUUUUCAACCGGUUGAUUUUGCCGAGUGCACAAAAAAAUGCUAUUUCAAGCUAGUCGCCUGAUUGUCACUGCAAGUAACUUGCAUUCGUUGAAACGAAUUAAUUACAAUCGGUUGUCCGGUAAUAUUCGCAGAAAUAUGCAUUUGUUAUUAAAUAAAACGCUUAUCAACGGCGAAUGGGUAUCGUCAUCAUCAAAAACCGAAUUGGCUGUCACAAAUCCAGCAAAUGGUUCAAUCGUUGGUCAUGUUCCUGAUUUGGAUGUAAACGAUGUACAAAAGGCCAUUGAUGCCGCCUACAAAACAUUCCAUUCGGAUGAUUGGAGUUCGCUGACCGCCAAAGAACGAUCCGCACUUUUGAAAAAAUGGCAUUUACUACUUGAGAGCAAUCGAAAUGAAAUCGCAUCGAUUAUGACCAUGGAAUCGGGUAAACCGUUGGCUGAAUCAUUGGGCGAAAUAACAUAUGGAAAUUCGUUUGUCGAAUGGUUUGCUGAAGAAGCUAGACGUAUUUAUGGCGAAAUUAUUCCGACACCACAAAAACAGAAACGACUAUUUCUAACACGUGAACCAAUUGGCGUUGCCGCAUUGAUAACACCAUGGAAUUUUCCACAUGCAAUGAUUACACGAAAGGCAAGCGCAGCCAUUGCAGCAGGUUGCACUGUUGUGAUUAAACCAGCCGAAGAUACACCGUUGACAGCAUUGGCGCUGGUAAAGUUGGCUGAGGAAGCUGGUUUCCCAAAGGGUGUUUUCAAUGUCGUAACAUGCAGUCGAAAAAAUGUGGCGGCCGUCGGUGAAGCAUUGUGCACAAGUAAACAAAUUGCCGGAGUUUCAUUCACCGGAUCAACAGAAGUGGGACGUGUAUUAUAUCGGCAAUGCGCUGAAGGCAUAAAGAAAAUCGGCUUGGAAUUGGGUGGAAAUGCACCGUUUAUUGUAUUCGAAUCGGCAAAUUUGGAAAAAGCCGUAACCGGUGCAAUGGCAUCGAAAUUCCGUAAUUGCGGUCAGGCUUGUGUUGCAUCGAAUCGAUUUUUUGUACAAGAAACCGUCAGCGAUGCAUUCAUCGGAAAGCUGAUGACAGCCGUAAAAUCGCUUAAAAUCGGCGAUGGUAAAGAUGAUGGCGUACAAAUUGGACCGCUUAUCAAUACAGCUCAACUGCAUAAAGUAUCGGCGAUUGUUGAAGAUGCACGCAGCAAAGGGGCCAAGAUUUUAUGUGGUGGUCGACCAUUACCCGAAAAUGGUGAAUUAUUUUACGAACCAACAAUCGUGACGAAUAUAACGCCCGACAUGCGUUUGUAUACCGAAGAAGUAUUCGGUCCAGUUGUUGCCAUUAUGAAAUUCAAAACUGAAGACGAAGUGUUGCACAUUGCAAACGAUACGUCACGCGGUUUGGCUGGUUAUUUCUAUUCUGAAAAUUUGAAUCAAGUGAUGCGUGUAUCGCGUAAACUUGAAGUCGGCAUGGUUGGUGUUAACGAAGGUUUAUUGUCCACAGCCGAAGCAGCAUUCGGUGGCGUUAAAGAAUCGGGCAUAGGCCGUGAAGGUUCACGUCACGGCAUUGACGAUUAUGUUGAAAUUAAGUACAUUUGCUUGGGCGGUUUGGACUGAAUAAACAACAUUAGCUUCAAAAACUUCUAAUAAAAUUGAUAUGAGAUUGAAUGUGCUUUGAACAUUGCCAUAAAAUGAUCCAAAGAAGCUAUCUAUAUGUCUUCCAUUAUUCAAUAUUAUUGCGAAUAAAAAUACAAAAAUAAAUACUUUUGUUGAUAAACUGAAAA